GUAGUACGAUACAUACGACGUGUGUGGACAGUUGCCCAAUACCAAAUGUCCAACAGGAUUGGAGGGAGAAUCGGGGGGAGCAUCGGGGGGUGUUUUUCUCUCUUUCUUUCUCUUUCUUUUACAUACCUGAGUAGACUUGUAGUUUCGCGGGUGUUCAGGCUGUUCUACCUAGUACCGGGUGAAUCGAUACUCUACUAUACUCUAGUUAUGUGGAGAUGUUGAGCUGUGGAGAUGUGGCUUAUUUGUGGCUUCAUGUGGCUUAUGUGGAUUGGAACUUGGAAUUUGGGACCGCACACUUCACCGCUCGCUCGCGCGC